GGCUGGGUGCUUGCUGGGGGAAGGGCUGUUACAGCUGAUCAGGGGGUGAGGGCGUCUAGAGGUUCCACUGAAUGCCCCUCACCCCCAGCCUGGGGAUGGCUUGUGUCCAUACAGGUUAUAAAAUGCUCAGGGGCUGGUCAGUUUAGGAGAUAAGCUGAACUUUGAAUGCUGGCAGGUGGUGCUCUGCCAUCCCACUUGGACUGCUGUGGAGGACUGAAUAAUUUGGAUUAUAGCAAGGUGGAUUCCUCAGCCAUGACACUGCUGCUCGGCUAUGUCAAACUGACCGAUUCCACCUUCGCUGCUGCUGUCCUUUGCAUUGCUUUUAACCCGCUUUUCUGGAAUGUGGUAGCAAGAUGGGAACACAAAACCCGAGUUCUCAGUAGAGUCUGUGGCUCUCCAUAUACUGCAUGUUACUGCCUGGGCACUGUCAUCCUGCUGCUUAACUUUAUACGAAGCCAUUGUUUCACGGAAGCCAUGAGGAGUCAGCCGAAGCUGGAAGGUCUAGAUUGCCUCUCUGUCUACUAUGCAGGCUUGGCUAUUCUGGGAAUAGGGUUCUUGUUCGUCAUCUCCAGUUUUUUAGCACUGGGAUUCAUCGGGACAUUUUUGGGUGAUUACUUUGGCAUCCUGAAGGAGGAGAAAGUGACUAGCUUCCCGUUUAAUGUAAUGGACAAUCCCAUGUACUGGGGCAGCACUGCCUGCUACCUCGGCUGGUCCAUCAUGCAUGCGAGCCCAGCUGGCCUUUUACUGACAGCCGUAGUAGCGGUUUCUUAUAUGAUUGCAAUGCUGUACGAGGGACCCUUCACAGAAGAAAUCUAUCAGCAGAAACAGAAGGCGGCAAAGAAGAAAUAGCAGCAGCAGGUGUGUUUGCAGAGUACUGAGGAGAGCGCAAGAGCUGGGUGAUUUCAAUAAGGGGAGUCAGUCUGCUGGGCCAUCCACCUGCGUGAGAUAAUUUGACGGGAUAAGAGAACUCAGCCUGACUUCUAAUUAUGCCCUUCCCUGAGCUUUGCAUUCGCUGACUCUUUCUAAUCCCUCUCUCUAGUUCUCAAGAGAUUUUGAACUUCAAAACCCCACAAAACCCAGCUAGGAGAGUUUCUUCACAAUGAGUUUUGUUCCCACUUCCCAGUUGGUUCCAAACCAGCCAAGGCAAAAGUGUUUUGAUUAUAGGCCUGAACGUGAAAGAAAGGCAAAACUGGCGGGUAACUUGAAAUUAAACAUUUAACCUCUAUAAAGCCGCAAGAAAAACCCAGCUACUGUGUGAGGCCGAGGUUCAAACGUAACAAGUGCGAUUGUGCAAAAGUGCACCCACGCUCUGUGAGCCUGCAUUGUGGACAUGCAAACCAGGUAGAGCCAUGCCUGACUGCCCCGUUGCAAGUGGAGAUCAGGUCAUUCCAGACACACAUUUGCACAUGCUUGUGUUAUGAAAAUUUAGCCCAAGUGGCCUGAUUUUUAGACUUGCACGUGUAAAGGCCUAUGCAGAAAGGCUUGGGCAAGUACCUGGCUGGUCUGCAUGUACAGUUACUGCCACUGCACCUUUUGCUAGUCUUAAAUUCACCAAAAUUUGGCCAAGAUUUUCCAAAAGUGACUAGUGAUUUUGGAGGCCACAAUUUUUGGAUGGCCAGAGGGAGACAUCUUUAAAGGACUAAUGGUCAGGAAGUGCUGAGUGGCCAUCGGGCCCCGUCAAAGUGCCUCAAGUUGGGCAUUCAAAAUCACUAGUCACUUUUGCCAGUCUUGGCCAAAGCCCACUUAAGCUUCCAGCCUACUCUCUAGCAUCAAUGCGCAUCAGAUUAGACCUGCCACUGGUCCUACAAAGCAUGCCUCAUCGCAGCCAAAAGGAACCAUGCAAGAAACGCUUCUCCAAAGAAUUCUCUUUUUCACUUGCAAACAGCAGAAGUCAGAGAAUCCCAGGAUCUUGGUGUGGAUCUGAGAGGUGCUCAGAUGGUGGUGACAUAAGUCUUUUUUUAUUUUUCUUUCUCUCUUUUUGUGAGACAGUUUCUCGGGCAGCUCCACACACGCAUGGUUUGCUGGUCCUCUGGAUGUGUGAUUUGCCCAUUUUCCCUUUGAAAUGUCUCUUGCUAAUUAGCCAAACAAACCCCUUCCUGCCAAUGAAUUCUACCACGGCAGUUGUAACAAUCAGAGAAACAACCAGAAUAAAAGCUCUCGCAGAAGCCCAGGAGUUCUCUAUGGCUCAGUCUACCCUUUGUCUCCUCUUAUUGCCUGGCUCACAAAAGCUGAAGCCCAGACACACAAAGAAAGUAACCAAGAAGGAGAUUAGCUCAGAGGAAUAUCAUGCAGCACCUUUCAACCUUUCUCCCACCCAUCUUGGGAGGAAGCAAAACCAGUUUUUAGAAACCAGCAAAACAAAACUCAGCUGUAUUUUCUAAUUACAGGGCCCAUGAAAUAGUAAACAGGGCCCCGUGGAGACAUUUGUAAAUAGUUUCUCAGGACAGCAGUCGCCUGUUCCAGCUGAUCUUUCAUGCAGAUGUCCCUGGAAUGAGACGGUUAAGUAGAGUGACUUUCAAAAGGCUGUACAGUAUUGAUGUCCGUAGUAUUCAGCUGAUGCUCUGCACUUUUAAUACGGUGCAUUUAAUCCAGGCAUGAGCUGUAAUUGCACCGUUUGCUUGAAAAGUCGACACUUUUGACUUUGGCAGGGCAUCCUGGUUUCUCUAAAUCCUGUAGUGACUUUGCAAAUAGCCUCUAGUGUGAAGGAGCGUGAAACACAUCAUGACUCCGCCAGUCAGUGGGGGCAGAAGCUCCAUCCUCACGGAUCAGCUGGUGUCCCACAGAAGGUGGCACUCUGCCAUCUUUGAACCAGCAACGGAGAAGGAAGGGAGGUGUCUGCAAAGCACUGUGACCUGGGAUCAUGUUCCUAGGGGAGCAGGGCGAGCAGAAGCACCGUGCAAUGAGCGUAUUUCACCAGGGCCAAAUAAUGCAGGCACCUCCGAGGAGGGAAGAUGGCAGUGUUGUCUGGGGAGUAGCGCGAGGGGCUCGCAGUUGGGGCUCCUGAGUGCCUGAGCUCUGCCACUCGCUCAGUGGAAGUUUGGCAUCUAAAUACGCUUGAAGCUCUGGGCCUUAGGGCUCAGUUGUUAGAACUGUUGAGCCCCUGUAACCCCAGCUGAAGUCUAGGGGAGCUGCAGGUGCAAUCAUGGCCUUUGCCUCCCAUCGGUAACGCUGACCCUACCUUCACAGGGCUUUUGUGAGGCUUAUUUCAAAUUAACGUGCUGAAAGUGUUUUGAGAUGCUGGGCUGCAAGGUGCCAUGGAAGGGCACUGUGUCUCUCCGGAAAAGGGUCCCUGCGAAGAAUAGAGCCUUGAUUCAUUGUAGUCUCUAUUGAGUUGCCUUUUGACUGUCUCAUGCCCUCUGUCUUUUUGUUCCACUCACUGGCUUGCUACAUCGUUAUUAACAAGAGUGCUUGAUGGCGGUGCAGGGACAGCAUCUACGUGUUUGGUGCUUGACCAAGGGGCAGGCGGGGUUCACUGUGCAGAGUGAAAGCUCAUCUCCCCUCUUCUCUCUCUCUCUCACUCACACACACUACUCACACUCACACACCACACACACUCUCACUCUG